AUGUCUUCAUCACAGCCUGGCUCGCGGCGCAUCAGCUCCGUCAGUAACUCCAAUACCGAGCCUUUCCCUUCGAUACCCGAAUCGCCGGCCGGACCAAGUUCUACCAACAACACCACGACGACCAGCACCACGACUACGACGACCACCGUACACAUUCCCCAUCGCGGGAGACCCUAUACCAUAACCUCCACCCAACCUUCGCACCAAACCCCUACCGUCGUUGCGUCCUCGCCCGACAAUACUGUUAUAACUAAUGCCACCAUCACAAACCCGACCGUGACGAGAACCAUCUAUACCCCUCCUCAGAUCAAUCGAUUGCGGCCAGUCGGGAUUAGGAGACUGCCCUCUUCGAACCUGCGACAGGCAGCACAAGAUGGGGAUUCAGCAUCAAGUCGACCUCCCAGCCGCUCCGAGUCUGGCAGAAGACGUAGCAAUUCUGCACCACAACGUACGAACUUGGGUGUUUCGGGCUCAGGCACAUUAACGAGGCAAAGUACGCGACAGUCACUUCUACCAACUCUUGCCGAAACCCCAUCGGCACCGGAUCAAGGAGAUGGCGCCGUGGAUCGCGACACCAUGCACGAGAACGUGACCGGCGUUCCAGGUAGGAGACGGAGCAUCGGCAAUGCUGCACGCUCCAUCAUUAGCAGAAUGAGCGAUACCUCGAGAGAGCGGCCAGGACCUGAAUACGAAAACGAAGUUGUCGACUUGCUCGAUGUGCUCGACCCCGAAGUCUCGACCCUGACUACGCUAAACAACGUCCAAAAUUCGCUGUUUGUCCCAGACUUGGGCAGAUGGAUAAACCGAAGACCGACAUACACACUGAGUCGUCGACCAACGCAGACCCGGAGACCCGACACGAUUGAAGAAAAGGCGGUGGGUGUGCCUCCAGCUGGCACCGAAGGGGCUCCUUCAGAGGAGCCCCCCGUAGCAGUCCCGGGAGAAGAGGAGUCGGUUGAGCCGACCCCCAUGGAGCGGACCUGGUCAUACCAGCGCAAACCUCAGAUGGAACGCACACACAGCAUUUCGUCUGUGGUCACGGACUCGCACUUCGCCGUGCUACCACAUGGCGUCUCUCUAGAAGGAUGGAGCGAAGAAGAUAAGGAGGCUCUCGACGAUCAUGUCAGGCACAUGCUACACUCCAAACGAUCGAAAUUUAAACAGAGAAUGGUUGCAUUUGGGAAAUAUAUUCAGAAACCACUUGGAUUUUUCGUGUUUUUAUAUGCAACUCUAAUUACCCUGUUUGGUUUGGCUUGGGUUCUUUUCUUGAUCGGUUGGAUCUAUGUCGGAGACCGACAAGAAUACACAAUCAACGUAAUCGACAACGUGCUUGUUGCUCUUUUUGCACUCGUCGGUGAUGGCAUGGCGCCAUUUCGAGCGGUCGACACAUAUCACAUGUGUUUUAUUGCUCACUAUCACCACCUGACGUGGAGGUUGCGACGAGAAAAGGGGUUACCGAAACUGCACGACCGCAACGAUCUCCCUGCUCAAUCGGAAAAGGAAGCCGACCCAGAGUCCGGGGCUCCAGAAGACCAUGAGUUUUCUGUUUUGACGCACAAGCAACAGCAAAGACUCAUACACCACCAAGCCAAAUUCUCCAAAUCGCAUUCCUUCUACAAGCCCCACGAGACAGGCACCCAUUAUGCUUUCCCGCUACGCUUGUUGGUGGCGAUCGUUGUGUUACUGGACUGUCAUUCACUCUUCCAGAUCGCGCUCGGUACCUGUACGUGGGCGAUAGAUUACCACACCCGUCCGCAAGCCCUGACUGCGACAAUUCUGACGUGCUCCAUCACCUGCAAUAUCACGGGCGGCAUCCUGAUCGCCAUUGGAGAUCGAAAGACGCGCAAGAAGGACGUGGCCUUGAAGAUGGAGAGACAGGCCUUGACCGAGACAGCCAUCAAGAAGGUGGAGAAACACAAGCGAGAGAGGCUGGAACACGAGCACGAGCCUCAGAUCCGGGAUGCCAAUUUCGAAGUUAUUGAUGAAGAGACUGCUGACCAGGUUCGGAGGAGUCAUUAG